GGGUGAUCUCUGUGUAUAGCAUGUGUGUAUAAGUGCCUGUAUAUGUGUGACAUGUGUAUGUACCCAUGUGCAUGAGCAUGUGUGUGCUUGUGUGCUGUGAGUGGGAGCAGCAGCUAUGGCUCAGCCAGUGGCAGAGCAGUUAGUACAUAACUAAUAGUGAGAAAGGAAGCUGGAGAGAGACACAACCGACCUUAUUAACAAAAGCUCAGUUUUGUCCCUGCGGACCCAGCCAGCAGAAGGGACUAGAGGAACUGUGGCUCCCUGCCAGGGAGGUCGGCUCCUGCAAACAGUUGCAGGCAUCCUUUAUCAUGCCCUUCUCAGAGGGAGCCCUGGGGCUUGGCAAUCAGGAAGUUUUCAAAACCGCCGCCACAACAGCAGCAUCAGCCUUGGAGAAGACAAGCAGAAAGAGUAGAGUGUCCCUUUAAAUCAGAGAUUACCGGGUCAGUGACUCUUAUCCUGCAUGCUUGGGCCAAGGGUUUCUGGCUUCUUGGCUUGGAAAGGGAAACCACUACCUGAUUAGAAAAACCCUUGGGAAGCACAUUAAUCUUGCUGGCGUUGUCAGGAGUGAUCAGUGAGUUUUAUUAAAGCCCCGGGAUUGCCUGAAAGGCCUCCUUGUCUGAGUCUGAAAUGAAAGGGGCAUGUUAAGAUCUUGGGGCACAUUGUCAGGACCCCUUGCCCUGCCCCUUGGACUUUGAGCUGAUAUCCUAAGAGGAAGCACAGGAACUCUCUUUUCCUGGAGCUAUCUCAUCUCUGGACAAAAAGGAGCUGACUGGCCCGUCAGAAUGCUCUCUUUGAGUUGGACUGGGCUGGAAGUCCUGCUGCUGCUGCUUCUCCCAAGUUGGACUAGCCCUUCCUUCAUCAGCAUUAACCAUGGGCUCAGGGUGAUGAAGGGCAGCUCUGCUUUCCUGUCUGGAGAUCAUCUGAAGUUUGCCAUUCCCAAAGAGAAAGACACUUGCAAAGUGGAAGUUGUGAUGAAUGAGCCUAUAACACAGAGGGUUGGGAAGCUCACUCCACAGGUUUUUGACUGUCAUUUCCUUCCCAAUGAAGUAAAAUAUAUUCACAAUGGUUGCCCACUUCUCAAUGAAGACACAGUGAAACUUCGACUUUACAGAUUUACUGAGACAGACACUUUUACAGAAACCUUUCUCUUGCGGGUCUAUCUCCUGGAACCAGACUGUAACAUCAUUCAUAUGAGUAACAAUGUACUAGAGGUGUCAGAAUUCUAUGGCAUAUCUCGAACCAUUGAUAAGAACUUGCUCCGGUUUGAUUAUGAAAGGACAGCUAGCCUGGAAUGUACAGUCAGGCUGGACCCUGUGGAAACCAGGCUGCCAGCCCAUGGCCAGAUGGUUCUGGUGGAGCCUCGGCCAGAAGAACCUCGUGGAGAUCAGCCACACAGUUUUUUCCCUGCAUCUCAGUUGGGGACAGAAUUAAAAUGUCCAGGUGGAAGCUGUGCGCUGGGACUGAAGAAAAUAGGAGGCCUUAAGGUUAACUGUGAAGAGUUCCUGCUGAUGGGACUUCGAUAUCAACAUAAGAACCCCCCAUCUCCCAACAUUGACUAUAUCGCCAUCCAGGUGGACCUCACAGAUAGCAGAAGUAAAAUCAUAUACAAGUCAGAGACUGCAUGGCUGCCUAUCUAUAUCAGAGCUGGUUUUCCUAAUCAGAUUCCAAGGACUGCAUUCAUGGCCAUGUUUGUUUUGGAAGUAGAUCAGUUCAUCCUGACCUCUUUGACUACAUCAGUUUUGGAUUGUGAAGAAGAUGAGACCCCCAAACCCUUGCUGGUGUUCAAUAUUACCAAAGCUCCACUCCAGGGCUAUCUGACUCAUCUGUUGGAUCACACCAGACCAAUCUCCUCAUUUACCUGGAAAGAUCUAAGUGACAUGCAGAUUGCCUAUCAACCACCCAAUAGUAGCCAUUCUGAGAGAAGACAUUAUCAGGUGGAACUGGAAGUGUAUGACUUCUUUUUUGAAAGGAGUGCGCCUAUCACAGUCCACAUCUCCAUUAGAACAGCAGACACAAAUGCCCCUCGAGUGUCCUGGAACACAGGUCUGAAUCUCCUGGAGGGACAGUCUCGGGCUAUCACUUGGGAACACCUGCAGAUUGUUGACAAUGAUAACAUUCAUGCUGUUCAGCUAGUCACCGUGGAUGGAUUGCAACAUGGACAACUUACACUAAGAGGAGGGAAAGGAUUUUUCUUCACUGUGGCUGACCUGCAGGCUGGAGUCAUUCGCUAUCAUCAUGAUGACAGUGAUUCUAUAAAAGACUUUGUAGUCUUCAGGAUAUUUGAUGGUUAUCACAGUAUCCAUCAUAAAUUUCCCAUCAACAUCUUACCCAAAGAUGAUAGUCCUCCAUUCCUCAUAAUCAAUAUGGUAAUUGAAUUGGAUGAGGGACAGACAGUACUGAUCCAGAGUUCCAUGCUGAGAGCUUCAGACAUGGACUCCAGUGAUGACUACAUCUUCUUUAAUAUCACAAAAGCCCCUCAGGCUGGUGAGAUCAUGAAAAAACCACUUCUGGGACAAGUUGGCUACGCUGUCCCUGGCUUCCUUCAGAGGGAUCUAUUUAAUGGCAUAAUUUUUUACCGUCACUUUGGUGGAGAAGUCUUUGAUGAUUCUUUUGAAUUUGUCCUGUGGGACAGCCACGAACCUCCAAAUCUCUCUGUGCCACAGGUGGUGAUAAUCCAUAUUAGUCCAGUGGAUGAUCAACUUCCAAAAGAAGCUCCUGGAGUUUCUCGGCAUUUGGUUGUCAAGGAAACCGAGGUGGCCUACAUAACUAAGAAGCACUUACAUUUUAUUGAUACGGAAACCUUUGACAGGGAGCUGCUCUACACGAUAACAGUUCCUCCAUUUUUCAACUCCAGUCACAGACAUUUGGAUGCUGGGAAAUUAUUCAUGGUGGAUAGUAUUCCAAAGCUAACUAAAAAUCCUGCUGCCCCAGCGGUGAGGUCAUUUACUCAGAAUGCUGUGAACUAUAUGAAGGUGGCCUAUAUGCCACCUAUGCAAGAUAUAGGUCCCCAUCUCCAGCAUGUCCAGUUCACAUUUUCUGUCACUAAUCAGCAUGGCGGUACUUUGCAUGGGAUCUGUUUCAAUAUCGUGAUUCUGCCAGUGGACAAUCAGGUUCCUGAGGUACAUACCAACCCUCUAAUAGUGGAUGAGGGAGGUCAAUGCAUCAUUAACACGGAGCACAUCCUAGUUUCUGAUGUGGAUACCAAGUUGGACAAUAUUUACUUCUCCCUGCAGAGGAGGCCUUCUCAUGGGAGGGUGGAGCUGGAUGGAUUUCCUCUAAACCCAGGGGACACAUUUUCAUGGAGUGAUCUCUGUACCUUAAAAGUUAGGUAUCAGCAUGAUGGAGCUGAAGAACUUCAGGAUGAUAUAGUCUUGGAAGUCACAGAUGGCAUAAAUUCAGCAAGAUGUGGUCUACGUGUUGAGGUAUUCCCUGUUAAUGAUGAGCUGCCUGUCCUAAAAGCUGACCUCAUUCCCAUGAUGCAUUGCUCAGAAGGCGAUGAGGUGGUCAUCUCCUCUGAAUACAUUUUUGCUACUGAUGUGGACAGUGAGGACUUGAAGCUGACAUUUAUGAUUGUUCGAGAACCUCAGCAUGGGGUAGUGAGGAAAGCCGGAGUCACAGUGGGCCAAUUCUCUCAGAGAGAUGUUAUUGCGGGGACUGUGACAUAUACGCACACAGGUGGUGAGAUUGGCCUGAUGCCUUGCUUUGACACCAUAACAUUGGUAGUUUCGGAUGGAGAAGCUGGCCCUUCUGUGAAUGGCUGUUGCUACAAUGGACCUCUUCCAUCUGUUCCUCUUCAUGAGUCCUUUCCAGUGUACGAUCUCAACAUCACAAUACAUCCAGUGGACAACCAACCACCUUCAAUUGCACUAGGUACCAUGUUCCUUGUCGAUGAGGGCUUCUCAGCAGCCCUUACCAUUAACCAUUUGUCUGCCACUGACCCUGAUACUGCAACAGAUGACUUGGAAUUUGUUUUGAUUUCUCCUCCUCAGUUUGGUUACCUUGAAAAUAUACUCCCUUCUACAGGCUUCGAAAAAAGCAAUAUGGGCAUAAAAAUAGCUUCGUUUCAGUGGAAAGAUAUGAAGGCUUUGCACAUUAACUAUGUACAGUCCAGGCAUCUAAGGAUGGAACCAACUGCUGACCAGUUCACGAUGUAUGUCUCAGAUGGGAAGCGACAUUCCAUAGAGAUACCAUUUUAUGUUAUAAUCAACCCCACAAAUGAUGAAGUUCCUGACUUUGUAGUGCAGAAUAUCACUGUGUGUGAGGGUCAGAUGAAAGAACUGGAUUCUUCCAUUAUCAGUGCUGCUGACCUAGAUGUUCCUAAGGAUCCCCUGAUGUUCAGCAUCACUCGCCAACCACGUCAUGGCCUCCUCGUCAAGGGGAUGUCUAGCAAAAACUUUCUUCAACAUAAGCAGUCAGCCAUUCCAGACAAGAAGCAAGGUCUUGUUCACAGCUUUCCUAUGGAGCUUCUCAAUAAUGGAAUGAGCUUGGUAUAUGUGCAUGAUAACUCUGAGAGUCUUGCUGAUGACUUUAUGAUCCAGUUGUCAGAUGGGAAACAUAAGCUACUUAAAACCAUUUCAGUAGAAAUCACUCCAGUGAAUGACGAGAAACCAAUGCUCAAAAAAAAAGCUGAAAUUACAAUGAGGACGGGUGAAACUCGUAUUGUUUCUAGUGCUGUUCUUUCAGCCAUAGACGAAGACACACCCAGGGAGAAGAUUUAUUAUUUAUUUGAAAGACUUCCCCUAAAUGGGCAACUUCAACUUAAGAUAGGGAGGGACUGGGUCCCUCUCCAACCUGGCAUGAAGUGCACUCAGGAGGAAGUGGAUCUGAAUUUUCUGAGAUACAAACACACUGGAGCAAUGGAUUCCCAGGAUCAAGACAGUUUCACCUUCUACCUCUGGGAUGGCGAAAACAGGUCACCCGCUUCUAACUGUCGUAUCACCAUCAAGGAUACCAAAAAAGGUAACAUUGUCAUCCUGGCAAAACCUCUUGUGGUGCUUAAAGGUGACAGAGGGUUCUUGACCACUGCCACUCUUCUUGCUGUGGAUGGAACAGAUAAGCCAGAGAAACUGCUGUAUGUUAUCACUUCUUUCCCACAAUAUGGACAGGUAGAAUAUAUCCGCUAUCCUGGAGUCCCCAUUACAAGUUUCAGUCAAAUGGACAUAGUUGGACAAACAGUUUGCUAUGUACAUAAGAGCAACUCAUCUGUCCUCAAUGACACAUUCAGAUUCAUCGUCAGCAAUGGGCUGCAGACCAAGCAUGGGGUGUUUAAAAUUAUACUGGAGGCCCUGGAUAAAGACUUACCUGUGAUGGCCAAGAACAAGGGUUUGAGACUAGUUGAAGGCUCCACAGGUGUAAUUUCCCCUGACCUCCUUCAGUUGACUGACCCUGACACACCAGCAAAGAAGCUCACCUUCACUGUGAUCCAGUUCCCAGAGCAUGGUCAACUCUACCUGCAGGGGUCAGUGCUGCUCCAACACAGUUUUACCCAGGAGGACGUGGACAACAGACAUGUGACAUACCAACACUCAGGAGGGAACUCCCAUCUUGACAGCUUUACUUUUGUGGCCACAGAUAGAACAAACCCAGGCUUUAUUGUGGAUGGGAGAGUGUGGCAGGAACCUGUUUCGUUCACCAUCCAGAUAGACCAGCUGGACAAAACACCACCUCACAUCACACACUUGGGUAAUCCUUCUCAAGUGGGACUCCUGAAAAAUGGCUGUUAUGGGAUUUACGUCACUUCCCAGGUGUUGAAGGCAUCAGAUCCUGACACGGAUGAUAAUCAGAUCAUCUUUAAGAUUUUACAAAGCCCCCAACAUGGACAUCUGGAGAACACAACAACAGGUGAAUUUAUUCAUGAGAAAUUUAACCAAAGGGACUUAAACAGUAAGACCAUCCUUUACGUUAUAAACCCUUCUUUGGAAGUAAAUUCUGAUACCAUGGAAUUUCAAGUCAUGGACCCCACAGGAAAUGCUGCCACUCCUCAAAUUUUGGAAUUGAAGUGGUCCUAUAUUGAAUGGUCAAAGGUUGAAUAUGAAGUAUGUGAAAAUGUGGGUGUGUUGCCCUUGGAAAUUACCAGAAAAGGAUACUCUAUGGAUUCGGCUUUUGUAAGUUUAAAGGUUAAUGAAGUGUCAGCUACAGUUGGAAAAGAUUUCACUCUAAGUCCAUCUAGACUGAUUCAGUUUGACCCAGGAAUGUCAACUAAGAUGUGGAAUAUAGCAAUUACCUAUGACGGAUUAGAGGAAGAUGAUGAGGUCUUUGAAGUAAUUCUGAACUCCCCUGUGAAUGCAGUUCUUGGCACAAAGACAAAAGCUGCAGUGAAAAUUUUGGACUCAAAAGGAGGACAGUGCCAUUCUUCAUAUUCCUUCACCCCAAACAUGUACAAGCCACAGGAAAAGGGCAUUUGGCAUUCACUGGCCCCAGGAUCUUCCUCACCCAGUCCUUCUGGGUCCUUUCAUCUGGAAAGAAGACCUAGUCCGUCUACCAAGCACUUUGCAGUCACCAGGGGAGACACCCUGCAAGGCUUUGAGUCUACAGAUCUUUCAGGAAUGAAGCUUAGGACCUCAGGGAAUGGCAAAACAGUUCUUCCAUCCUCAGUUUAUAGAAAUGGAACAGACAUCAUCUAUAAUUAUCAUGGAGUCCUGUCUUUGGAACUAGAGGAAUACAGCUCCCCAACUCACAAAAGGAGGGCCAAAGUACCCAUUCUUAGUCAGCUAGAAGAGAUCUCCAGAGUGGCAGAACUGCCUCAAGCAGCUAAGCUGGAAUCCACAACUGACUCACACUUACCCAGACAGGAGGUGGAUGACAAAUCCUGUCCAGUUGGAUGGCACUAUCACUCGGGCUACUGCCACUCCUUGAUCACAGAGCAGAAAGGCACCUGGAAAACUGCUGUUCAAUCUUGCAGGGAACAUCACCUGAGCAACCUUGUAACUGUACUGUCCAGGCAGCAUAUGCGGUGGCUGUGGGACAUCAGUGGGAGAAAGCCAUUUUGGAUAGGUUUGAGUGACCAAGUGCAUGCUGGCAACUGGGAGUGGAUCAGUGGUGAACCUGUUACCUUUACCAACUGGAGAAGAAGACCCCCACAAUUUACAAAGUCUGGCAAGAACUGUGUUUUGGUUCAUAAACAAGGGAAAUGGCAAACAAAGGACUGUGGAAAAAGUAAACCUUACAACUAUGUUUGUGCCAGGAAAUUCCAAAUGUAACUGACUUUGUAGGUGUGCUCUUGGGAUUUCUCAUAUAUUUAUUUACAGGAUUUGUGUGUAUUAUUCAGUAGAAAUCAGUGUGUCUUAACUGACUCAGAAUAUUGUUAUAGAAACUGAGUUUCUCUAUCAUGUAAAAAAGAAAAGAAGAAAAACCAUUGAAUAGCUUCAAAAUAUUGAUAAAUGAAUUUUGUGACACAAAGAGAUUCUUGAAGGUCUAGGUUGCAAGGUUUGUUUAUUUAUUUCAGGAUGCCCCCAUCCCAACCCCACUGCAUAUCUUAGAGUCAGUUUCAUAAUUGUUGAAUACUUUUUAUCCUAACACUUUACAUGAGUCCAUUCUUAUGAACUCUAUAUUAAAGGUGCUUAUACCACUUAAGUCUUAGUAGAGUUGACCCUACCAGUUCAUUAGAUCAAGGUUGCACUGCUGAAGGCUGCUUUGUCAGCACAGCCUUAUCAAAUGUUUUAAAUGUGAAAACUGAAGUAAGGGACUAUGGAUAAUCUAUCUCUGUAGUGAAAAAAGGGAAGUUUUUAAAUGGAAGAAUUUUGCAGGUGGAAGCUCAUUUGCAAAGUGGUAUUUUAGGUAAAAAUGUAUGGACUACCUGUACUUCAUAGCCCUACCAUCACUAUUUACA